AUGGAUUCGGCCGGGACCAGUAGCUAUGGGCGGGCGGCCGAAGCACUCAGCAGGACUUUUUCAAAUAAUCCUGAGAUUUUCAACGUGUCCUUGCGGAGUAUGCCAAGCUUGCAGCCUCGCUCACCUCCUGUGUAUUCGCCGGAUACAAGAGUUUUUGACACACCAGAGCAGAGCAGUCACUUGCCCACUCGAGAUGAGGGUCUGUUCACGCUGCACCGCGGAACCACGCGCCCCGAGCCGGAGCAUGCGUUUCAUGAACAGAUGGACCAGUAUUCUCGGGAGCAGCUUGCCAAAGAGUGGGAUGCCCUUUUCCUCGGUGACGGGUCCGAUGACGUCCACAACGGCGCAGAUGUUUACCGGCAGCUCCGGAAGGACCUGAGGACCCUUUCAUGCUCGUUAAAGCAAAGCUUUGAACUUCUCCUGGAGAGUCGCCGCUACUCGUUGCCUGGGACGGGCCCCAGCAGCGGAGUACAACAGGUGCAGGCUUGCAUAUCAGAGCUCAAGAGCGUGGCCAAGGAGAUGGCCAGCGCCACCCGCAUGGCUAAUGACAAUUACAACCUACAGGUCGAGCUGACGCUGCAGAAGCACGCCAGUCAGCACCUGUUAUCGCAGCUGCAUGAGGCGCAGCUGGCGAGAAUGGCCAUGGAGGAAGAGCUUAAUGUCCUUCGGAAUAAGGCCCAGCAGGCAGCAGCCACUGAGGCCACCGUCGUGCACCUGAGGCAGCUGAACGACGCGCUCCAGGCGGAGUCCCAGCAGGCCAGUGGGGAGCUGCAGGAGCUGCGCAGGCGGCUGCGAGAGCAGGAGGAGAAGCUGGAGGCAACCACCUUGCAGGCGGAGCAUUUGGCCGAGCGGCUGAGGGAAAUUGAGCUUUUCGAGGAUUUGGGCGGCAGCCACGUCCUUUUCCGGGACCUCUGCGGCUCCUCGGAUGGGGGCGCCUCGGAGAGCGGCGGUGUUGGUGCUGGUACUGGUGCCGGUGCUGCCGAUCACGGUAGCUGCGGCCGGUCUAUGGCGGCAGCAGCAGCUGCUACGGCUGCUGGCAAUGGAGGGCCAACAGGGGAGAGCUGCUCUGUGGACGGUUCAUAUCAUGGCCCUGGGGGCCGCAGCCAGGAACAUGCGCGAGAUUUGCCUCCGGAGCUGCGGCGCGUUCUGGGCAAGCUGCUCCGCCGUCGUGACUCGGACGCCGCCAAGCUCCGGGAGGAGAACACACACCUGGCGGAGGAGGUGGCCAGGCUGCGGGAGCUGCUGGCGGCUGCCAUGGCCUCAGCGGCCGCGGCAGCUGUGCCGCCGCCUGCGCCGGAAGGUCGUCGACCAGCAGCUCCCAGUACUGCCUCGGGCCCGACGCGCCCCUCCUCUGCCUCGACACAGGGACAACAACAACCAAUGCAGUCGCAACAAGAGCCCCGUCCGGCGACCCCCUGGCGGAGCAGCUCCGAUUCUUGGCACACGGAUGACGACUUUGACUGGGCCACACGGCCUGUAACGCGCCUGGCGGACCUGCAUCCACACACGCCUCCUUGCCCGCAGAACGGAGGCGAGAGCCCCCAGCAGCAGGCCCAGCGGCAGCAGCACCUCCCUCACGGUCCGCGCCAAGCACAACAUCGGCCGUCGCGUCCACACAGCCGCCAGCAGCACCAGAAACCCGUAUGCCAGAGCCGAGAGGCUGCUGCUGAGCAGCAUGACCCGCAGCAGGAGGCGGCUUCGGUGGAACUCGAGGCGGCGAAGGAGGCCAUUGCGCGCCUCACGGCGGAGCUGGCGGAGGCGCAAGAGCGGUUAAGGGUGCAGCAGGUGGAGGUAGUGACCGCCGCCGAGGCGGCAGCCGCGGCCCUGCAGCAGUGCCAGGAGGAGGUCCGCACAGCGGAGGCGCAGGUUGCACAGGGCGCAGCAGCGCUGGCGGAGGUGGAGCAGGCCGGACUUCAACUACGCGGGAAGCUGCAAGCAGCCCAGGCGGCUCUAGUGGAAACGGAGACCUCCCGCACGAAGAUGCGCACGGCAAUGGAGGCGGCGCGGAAGGGACGAGGGGAAGCGCAGGCAGUGGUGGCGGCACAGGAUAAGUUCCUAUGCGUGUUGCUGAUUGUGCUACAGCAGGCGGUCGCGGGGAGAGACACUCUGACGGUAGAGCUGCUGGAGGCUCGGCAUCUGGCGGAGGCCAAGGCGGCGGUCGACGCUACCAACGCGCACGCCGCCAGCUCCGAUGCAGCUCGCCUGGUUUCGGAGAAUGACCGAAUGGCAGCGGAGUUGGCGGAGGCGGGCCAAAACAUCGCCUCCCUGGAGUCACAGCUGGCUGCCAUGACCACCGCUAACGCAGAGCUGCAGGGGCGUCUCGGUGACAUGGAGCAACGGGAGCGGAAGGCGCGUGAGGGCCUGACCAAAGACCUGGAGACUGCGCGGCAACGUAUCGCGCGUCUGCAGUCGGAUUUGCGCGAGUACCGCUCGGAGGCUCAGGUGGCGCGCGGCGAAGCGACGGCGGCGUCGCGCGACGUCAAGGCGGCCAAUAGCGAGAAACUCAAAGCGCAACGGGAGAUGGAGGACGCCGUGGAACGGUUGCGGCAGGUGGAGUCGGAGCGCGACACGCUGGCGGCGGCGCUGGCAGCCGCUGUCGUGUUGCCUGACGCAGAGGCACAGGCAGAGACCAACGCCACUGCGCGCGGGACCGUGGGCGAGCAGGAGCCAGCAACGGCAGCUGACGUAGAGGAGGAAAUGCUUUCGGAGCUCGAGGCAGGGCGUCGUGAGCUGGCGGCGGCAGGGCAGCUGCUCUCGCAGGAGGGGGGGGUUUCAGAGCAGGAAGCCGAGAGGCUAGGGGCCCAGCUGAAAGCACUUCAUUCGGAGCUGGAGGCUGUGAAGACGGAGCUGGCGGAGGCGGAGGCGCGAUUGGCGCAGUCGGAGUCCAAGGCUGCGGCGGCCCAGGAGCACCAUGUAUCAGAGACGUUGCGGCUGCAGAGCUCCUUGGCGGAAGCGCAACAGCGGGUGACGGAGUUGGAAGAGCAGCUAGCAAUAUUGCAGCGAGCUGCAGAGAAGGAUGUCGCCGCUGCUGCCACUGUUGGGGCGACGAGCACAGAGGCGCGCUUGCAGGACCUGUCGAAAGCCGAGGCGCGGCUGCGGCAGCUUGAAGAGCAACUGCAGGCAGCGGAGGCGGCGCAGCGGCUUGCAGAAAAGCGGUACGAUGAAGAGCUCAACGAGCUGCGGGCGCAGCUGGUGGGGUCGGCGGCGGCAGUCGCGACAGCGAAGCCGUUUCACGGCUGUAGUACCAGCAGCAGCGAUGCGGGUACCAGCGGGGGAGCCUCACCGGAGCGCUUGAAGGAGGCGGCGGCAGCAGGGGCAAUCGCGCUUCAGAGCCCUGCUGACGGGUCUCCUCAGGAGCCAGCCAUGGCCGAGGACGACGAUGAUGACGACGAGCUGGAGGACCUGCUGAUGCUGCGGGCGCGGUGUCGGGUGCUGCGGGGUGAGCUGGCGUCGGCUCGGUCCCGGUUAGCGGCCCUGAUAAAGGUGUCGGAGGCGGCGGCGCAGAGCCGGCUGGCGGAGGCUGUGGCGGAGGCGCAGGCCGCUGCAGCGGCCGGGCGGGUUAAAAGCGACGAGGAGUUUUGGGCGCACAAUGAAGAGGUGCACUCGCUCCACGCACUCGUGACCGCGCUACGCGCCACCUGCCUCUAUGCCGGGGCCGCCGGGGCGCACGCCAGCUACGGCGACACACGCGCGGACGGUGCCGGGAGCGUCGUUGCGGCAAGUACCAGUCAGCUGGCUUCCUCCCGGCGACGCCAACUCUUGCUGCAGUACCGGGAUCGAUGCGGACAACUGGCGGAGCUGCUGUCAGAGGCGGAGGCGUUGACACGGCUGCCGACUCCGCCACCGUCCACGCAAUAUCAACAACAGUACCAGCACCAGCUGUUGCAAGUCGACGGGCUGGACAUGCGCUCAGCGGGCCGGGGGCAAUCCAGCUCGUCCUCCCACCGCGGCAGCGACGACGGGCACCACCUCCAAGCUCAAGACAGGCGCACAGGUUACAGGCAAUGCGGAAAUGGCAGUGGAAUUGCUGCUAUCGCCGGCGGAGGCGCCGGCACCACGGGAUCUUCCCUGCCGGAGGCGCCGGCGCGGGCGGCGUCUAGAGCUCCAGCGGGGGUAACAGGAGUAGAGGCCUGGGAAGAUUCGUCUCCGCCGCUGCUUCGGUUGGGGCUGCUCAGCUCAGAAGGCUUCGCCGUGGGAAGCGGCGGCCGCGUCUUGGUAGAAGCUGAUGCUGCGCAGUACGGGAUGUACGAGCCGGAUCCCAUUGUUGUCUUCAAAACCACCGAAGCUGACAGCACCGGCGGUACCACCCGGCGUUCCUAUCUAAGCAAUGGCACAGGGCAGGGCCAAGGGCAUGAUUAUGGCACCAGCGCCAUCACGGACACGGUAAUCCCUCCACCACCUCCGGCUCCAAUGCCCAGUAGCAGUUUCACUUCAGAUACGGGCAGCAGCCUGGCGGAUGAUGACCUGACUAGUCUCAGUCAUCUGUACGAGAUCCCGCCCAUGGCCUCGCCACCCAAGUUUGACCUAAGCGACUUGGAUUUCGGGAACCUGGCCCUGUGA